CACUAUCUCACAACAACAAUUUAUUCUCUCUCUUACUUUCUAAAUUGCACUAAAUCACAGUCCUCUUCUAUUCAAGAGAAACUGAAAUCAGAAAAACAAAAUUCCUAAUAUAAAUAAAGUUAGGGUUAUUAUUUCGAGACACACACAGAAAAAGAGAUGGGAAGAGGGAGAGUUGAGUUGAAGAGAAUAGAGAACAAAAUAAACCGGCAGGUUACUUUCUCUAAAAGAAGGAAUGGUUUGCUCAAGAAAGCUUAUGAACUCUCUGUUCUCUGUGAUGCUGAAGUUGCACUUAUCAUUUUCUCUAGCCGUGGAAAACUCUAUGAAUUUGGAAGUGUUGGCACUACCAAAACUAUCGAACGAUAUCAAAGGUGCUCUUUUAAUCCUCAACCAGAUGACCACCAAAUCGAUUGUGAAACACAGAGUUGGUACCAAGAGGUGUCUAAGUUGAAGGCAAAGUAUGAAUCUCUUCAAAGGACUCAGAGGCAUUUGCUUGGGGAAGAUCUUGGACCUUUGAACAUAAAGGAGCUUCAGAGUCUUGAGAAACAACUUGAAGGUGCUUUAGCACAAGCUAGACAAAGAAAGACACAAAUUAUGAUUGAACAAAUGGAAGAGCUUCGCAAAAGGGAACGCCAUCUAGGAGAUAUGAACAAGCAACUAAGACUCAAGCUUGAAGGAGAAGGAUUUAAUCUUAAAGCUAUGGAAUGGAGCUCUACUUCAGCUGCUGGAAAUACCAACUUUACAUUUCAGCAACCUCAAACCAACCCUAUGGAUAUGCAAGCAGAACCAUUUUUGCAAAUAGGAUACCAACAGUACGUUCAAGCUGAGGCAUCAAAUAUUUCGAAGAGCAUGGCUUGUGAAACUAACUUCAUGCAAGGAUGGAUGCUUUGAUAACUUAAUCAAUAAAGUAUAAGAUUUACAUUAUUGUCUAUAUGCUUUAAUUUUUAGAUUUAUGUUUUGGCUGUUAAUUGUGACCAGCAUGGGAAACUGAAGAUUCCUAUAGCAUCCUUAAUUUGUAAUUGGAUACAAAUAUAGAUAAUGGUCAUUUAUUUAUAUAUUUGAAAAACAAAUAAUUUAUGAUGUUGCUUGAACUUUGAACUUUAAUUGAAUAUAUGUAUCUGUUUCUUUUCCUA